AAUUAUCUAAUCACACAAAAACUAUUAUCACAAUGUGAUAUAUAUAUUGUGAUAUUUAUUAGUAAGUAGUAUUCAAUUAUCAAUGGCGUGUAGUUUAUACAGAUCUCGUGCUGAUUAUUAUUAUUUACCAGUACCAAAAUUCUAUGGUUAUAAAACUAUCAAUGCAGAAGAGGAGAAAAAAUUAAUUGAACGUCUUAGUAAACCUACAAUCUCUUUUAUUCAAAAUCAAUUAUCUAACUUAUCGAAUCGAAGCGAUUAUCACAAUGUAAACACUAAUGACAAGAAGAAUAGAAUCAAUCUUAUCGAAGAAUCUAAUCAUUAUGAUUUAACAUUAACUAAUCGAAUCACUUCAUCAUCAUCACCAUCAUCAUUAUCCACAUCGAAUUCUUCAAGUCGUCUUAUCGAUCUAAGAUCUAUUGAUGAUUAUGAAAAUGUUUCAGAUCGAUUAAAGCAUUUCACAGAAUUAUGGAAUAGAACUGAACCAAUCAAUCCAUUGCUUCCACUAUGUGCAUGUCCACGUGGUGAAAUCUUAUUAAAAGAAGAUAAUGUUAAUUGGAUAAGGCAUAAUACCCAGUGUCAUUGUUCUAGUGCUACUACUAGUCCACAUCAUCGAUCGACUACACUGCGUGAACCAGUGGAAUGGAAUCGAAUUAAUCAAAUUGUUCGACGAUUACAUAGUGCAAAUACAGCUGGAUCUUUAGCACGUCAUGCAGAAAGUCAAGCUUUAUUAGCUACAUUAUCAGAAAGACAUAAUAUUAAUGA